UACACGGUGGCCAGGCCAGGCGGAGGUGCUGAGCCGGAGCGGUGCGAGACGAGGCGGGGUUGGGCGCUAGCACGGCCUGCUCGGCCAGCACGCUGGUGCUCUGCUUGGAGGCGGGAGCUGCCGACGCGCUCCGGGACCAAGGGACCACGGGACCACGGGACCACGGGGUCACGACCUCACGCGACCCUCCCCGACGCGGCCCUUGAGCGGGCAGGGGGCAAGGCCUUCGUCGCGUGCCGUCGCGGGUCCCUUUCGCCUCCGCUUCGGAACACGGACGCGCGCGCUCGUCCCCGGGGGGUGUGCGCUGCCGAGAGCAUCCCGAGCAGCACGACGACGAGCAGGACGCCGUCGAAGCACGCCGCGCGGGGCGGCCCGUCGCGCCGUCGUGGACCCCCACCCCGAGUGUUGUCAGUUCGCGACCUUCGCGGGCACGAUCGUGUCGAACGGUUCGGGCGGCCGCUCAUCCGUCCUUGUCAACCGGGCCUGGACAACGCGCACGCGAGUGUGUCAAUAAUUGACUAACAGUGCCGCUCCCCACCACUGGCGCGCCAGCACGGCCCGCGAGGAGGAAAAAGACAGAGAGAGGUUAGGAGGCGGCCGCCAAAAGGAUUUCCCGACUGAAGCGAGCACGACCCCGGCCGCCACCCUGGAGCCCGACGUGGACACGGCGGUCUCGGACGCGGACCUCUGGGCCAUGCACGUGCGGAAGCAAGAAGCGCACCGGGCCCUGGAACUCCUGGAGGACUACUACGCUCAGCUCAAGGAACCUCAGGACCGGAACCUCCGCCUCGCCAUCGAGAGGGUCAUCCGGAUCUUCAAGUCCAGACUCUUCCAGGCACUCUUAGACAUUCAAGAGUUCUACGAGCUGACGCUCUUGAACGAGAGUAAGUCGGUCCAGGAGAAGACGGCGGAGACCAUCCGCAUCGCCAACAAGUGGGAGGAGUCGAGCGGCUUCAUCGGCGAGGGUUACCACCAGCAGAGCUACAGCCAGCCCGAGCACCACGCCCGACGGGCACUACCACCCCACCCACGCGUUCGCGAGCUCCACGAGCAUGGCGCCGCCACCGAGUACCUUAUGCAGUUCCCCGGCGAGGUCAGUACCGACCGUCAAUCGACAAUGUAGUACUUUUGACAAAUC